AUGAAGGCUUCACAGAGUAGACAGAAGAGUUAUCAUGAUAAGCGAAGGAAGGAGUUUGAAUUUGAAUCAGGUGACCAUGUGUUUCUAAGAGUCACGCCUGUGACUGGUGUUGGUCGUGCCCUGAAGUCAAAGAAGCUGACUCCACGAUUUAUCGGUCCUUAUCAGAUUUCAGAGAGAGUUGGUACUGUCGCUUAUAGGGUGGCGUUACCGCCUAACCUGUCGAAUCUGCACGAUGUGUUUCAUGUGUCACAACUUCGGAAGUAUGUUCCAGAUCCAUCUCACGUGAUUCAUAUGGAUGAUGUGCAAGAGAGAUAG